AUGCAGAGCACAUCUGAGACGACGCAUUCUCCCAGCCAGACGGAAGCUGCACAAUCGGAGGCGCAACCUCAAGAGGACCAGCUGGAAGACGAACGCCAUAGCCGACCGGGGAGACGCGACCCCAAUGGUGGUACUGGACCACGCGGAAGAUAUUCGGGACUUGUGGACAGAGCAGAGAAGAGGGCACCGCCAGAGCAUUUACUGGACGUAGUGCCCCAGAGCAGCGGCAUUGAGACUCCUCAGCAUCAAGGCGGACCUGCUGUCGCCAUAAAACAAGCUCUCGAUGCCAGAGAUAAAAAGGGCAGUGUAGACGAGGCAUGGGCCCUGUUCGAGGAAAACUAUACAUCGAGAGAUUGCGAGGCCUUGACAAACCCUCACGACGGCGAUCUUGCGCUGUUGAAGAAUGGCCAAAUAUUUACCGAACUACUCCAAAAGGUCAACGGAGCGUUGUGCAACGCCCCAGGCAAAUAUACAACAACACCCACCAAAGUCCUUUUCAAGUACGAGCAGCUGGGGCUCGCCACUCCCGAACUCUGGUCAAGGACAACCUUGCCGUAUCUAACACAGACAGCCAUGUUCAUAAUCAACGCACCAUCGACCAAUUCGAAGAAUCUGCCUUCGAUUCUAUCUGAGCUGCUAUCUUUGUGGCCUCAGAUUGGCAACACUAGUUUGGGAUUCCUCGCCGUCUACUUCUACACAUUGUCCGACGCGUUGAGCACGAUCGAAACCCUGUAUAAGGAAGCAGAGCCAUUUAUACAAUUCCUCCAACGUAUACUGGCAGACUCGUCUGUUGUCUCAGUCUACAAAUAUCCACAAAAUUCUGCCGGUUUCAAGAAGUUGCCAAAGCAAGUUCAGGCCGAAAUCCUCAAGGAGAUCGAUACUGCACCCUACAGAGCUUUGGAACAGAUCGCAGCACAGGGUGCCACCAUGAAGAACCCGACAAGCUCUCCGGAAACCAACCUGGAGCUUUUCCAGCUGCGGCGUAUUGCACGUGCUGUAUUGUCCAAGCAGAGUUCUUCCGUCUUGGAUGUGCUCUGGAAUGACAUCCAACGCAUGUACACCAACGAUGGCUCUCCUGCGAUACCUCGGCGCAUUUACAACGCCUUCUUGUCGGGUUACCUAAGUUUGUUUGCAUCGCAACGGUCCGUCGAGGUGUGGAACCACAUGAUCGCACAUGGUGUGCAGCCAGAUCUGCAGUCAUGGAUUGCGCUUCUCCAAGGUUGCGAGACCGCUAAAGAUUAUGAGGGCUUCGACGCAAUGUGGAAACGAAUGCUCAAUACCGGCAUUGAACCGGAUAAUUAUGCGUGGACGACACGAGUGCAUGGCUUGUUUGGGCUCCGCAAGAUUGACGAAGGCUUGGCAGCUCUCGAUGAUAUGGGCAGGCGCUGGCUCUUCGCUGAGAAUGCUAUCAACCUAUCAGAUUCAAAGCGCAAGGGCGCGAAGAGGCUUCCGACAUCAGCUAAAGCUGCGAACAAGUGUACCAAGCCUAGCAUUGAAGUGAUCAAUGGCGCCGUCAGCGCUCUGGCCCAACUACCUCUAACAGCCAUACGCCAAGAAAAGCGAGUCGGAUACGUGCAGAAAAUCUUAGGCUGGGCCGGCAACUUCUCCAUCAAACCCGAUGCCAUCACUUAUAACUCCUUGAUCCAACUUUACCUACGCGCUGGCGAUUAUUCUACGGCCUUCAAGAUCCUACGCCAGAUGGAGAAGGAGGGCAUUGCAGCAGACAUCGCGACCCAUACAUUGCUCAUCACGGCAUCUUUCGACAAUGGUUCUUUCGCAGGCCUCACCGCAGCGCAACAAACCCAAAAGAUCAUUAGUGUCCUCGAUAGUCUCGAAGCCGGCGGUAUCAAACUCAACGAUCACGCCUACAGCAUUGCUAUCGAUAGAAUGUUGAAGACUUAUGGCAACCACAAAGCUGUGAAUAGCAUCAUGCAAUACAUGCAAGCCCGAAAUCGGGCUCUCAGUGCGCAUGCUUACGUCUCCUUGAUCACCUACAUGUUCCAGCAAUCGCCUCCACCCAUGCCGGCUAUUGAUAGUAUGGUCGACACGUUCUUCACAUCUCACCGCGUCUCCACGGAUCAAUAUCUCUUCGAUCGAACGAUCGAAGGCUAUGCAAGUCAUGGCGAGACGAGCAAGAUGAUGUCCGUCUUGUCCAGAAUGCGCAGACUAGGAGCGUUACCGGGCUGGCAAGCGUUGACGACAAUCAUCGAAGCGCUAUACAAAGACGGGGAGACGGUGCGGGCGAGACAGAUUGUCAGAGAAGUUGAGGGCGGGGAGGGGGUUGGCAAAGCCGGUGUGGUGGGCGGCAGGGCCGGCGAGAACCGCUUCUUUCAUACUGCGCAACGGUUGGGGUUGUAUGGCGAGCAUGAUGGGAGAGAGGACGGUGACAUGGAUCGAGGGAUGGGUAGGAUGGACGACUUUGUUGUGAGUGAUGCUUUGUCCAGAGGGAGUCAGAACGAGCAGCCUCUAGAGACGCAUCAGAAACGGCAGCAAGAGCAGGGGAUUCCUCGAUCGCGUCCAGAUGCACCACUACACCAGGAGCGUGCACCUGCGCCAUCCGCUGACGAAGAAGACGUCCAUGGCUUCUUGACAGAUGACUACGAAGACACACACCCGAAGGCCAACAGGCAAUAG